AUGUUUUAUCAACAGGAAGAAAAGCCCCAACCAUAUGCUUUUGGAUACGACGUUAAAGAUGAGUAUGGUGCUACACAAAACCGAAAGGAAGAAAGUGAUGACUAUGGUAACAAGAAAGGAUCUUAUGGAUACACCGAUGGUUAUGGCAUUUACAGACAAGUUGAUUACGUAGCUGAUGAAAAAGGAUUUCGCGCUGUAAUCAAAACUAACGAACCUGGAACCGACAACCAAGAUUCUGCUGAUACUGAUGUUCACUCAGAUGCUGCUCCAGUCAAAUAUGAAUCAGCUCCUGCAGUAUACAAACCAGCACCUUCCCCAUACAAGCCAGCUCCAGAAUACAAACCAGCACCCACUCCAUACAAACCAGCUCCAGAAUACAAACCAGCACCCGCUCCAUACAAACCAGCACCAGCAGUUUACGCACCAGCCCCAGUUCCUUACAAACCAGCACCCGCUGUCUAUGCUCCAGAGCCAUACAAACCUGCAGUGUAUGCCCCAGCUCCAGAACCAUACAAACCUGCACCAGCUGUUUAUGCUCCAGAACCAGCAUACAAAGCUCCAGUUUACGCCCCUGAGCCAGCCUACCAACCAGCUCCAGUUCACUACGCUCCUGAACCCGAAUACAGGCCAGCACCUGAACCUGCAUACAAACCUUACCAACCAGAACCAAAAAUCUACCAAGAAUCUGCUCCAGCAUAUCAACCUCCUGUAUACUCAGGCCCCCCAAGUGACAGCUACGCUCCCUACUAAAAAUUUGGACUGAAAAUGUAAAAAACUUAUUUAUUUUAUUUAAAUUUCAAUGUUUUCAAUGUUUGUUAUGUUCCUCUUGACUGUAAAUUUGUAAAUGUAUCAAUGAAUGUCUCCAGUUGUUGGAAUAAAACGAUCGAAAGAAAA